AUGUCGACCUCCCUAUUCCGCGACGGGUCUAGGGAGCCGAGAAGCACAGGCUAAAGCACGAGCACCGCACGGACAGGCAGUCACAAAAUAUCGCGCGGAACCCGGCACCGAGUAGACCGAUGGUGUGUGCGGACCGUCCCAUCCAGGGAGGGCUCUGAAUGGACUUCGGGUGGAGGGAAGGAAGGAAGGUGGAGGCGGCCGUCGCGCCGAGCCACGCCAGCUAGAAUUCCUCCGCCGAAAGGACCGGGCGAGAAGAGAGAGUUCCGCGCGCGGUCUCGACGUCUCGCCCGCGCUCACUCGCUUCGUUUUCCCCGACGACGUCGACGGCCAGAGAUCGGUCCCCUCUCCUCGUCUCUGCUCGCUCCUGCGAAGAGAGCGAUCGGAGUCUCCUGCCAGCCUGCCGCGAGACGGGAAGAAGAAGAAGACGACGAGGAAGGCGAGGGAGUGCACGAGAGGAAGAAAGAGAGAGAGAGAGAGAGGAAGGGGAGGAAGGAACGGACAGACGAGAGAACUCUCCUCCGGGGUUGCUUGGUAGGGGAACGAAGAAGAAGCAGCCGAAGAGAAGAAGAAGGAGGUGGAGGAGGAAGAGAGUACCAGGAGAGGAGUAGGAGGAGGAGCUGGAGUGCCGCCGCCGCGCUCUGCUCGCCUCUGGAGACCCGAACACGUUCGCGCGGUCGCGCGUCGCACGAGGACUGUUGCGCGGCCGCGAGGGACCCUACCGGUGUCGGUCGCGCCGGUUCCGAGAGCUCUCCGUAAGCCGUGUGCUUACGGAACUCAGCUGUGCCGCGGGGGAGAGCGGGGCCCGUCAGGGAGGCCGCGCCACUGCCGCGAGAGUGCCGCGAGAACCCGAGCCGACCACGCGCAAGGAUACAGGCCGCCGGAUGGAGUAAGAGGGACAGAGAGUGAGAGAGAGAGAGAGCGAGGGAGGGCGGAACAGAGAGACCGGGGGAAGAGAGAGAGAGUGACGGCGUGAAAGAGGUGGAGAAACAAGGAUAGAGAGGAAAGAGAGCAAGAGAGCGCGCACCUCCUCCGCCGCCUUCGGGCCUGCCUCGUGUACUCCCGUCUGUGUGUAGCGCCGAGCGAUCAGGAGGCUAACCGAGCCGUCUGUGUCUGGCCCUUCGACACGCGGUGCGUCGACAGGCUGACCGGCACGGUUGCGCGCACGCCAGCGCGAUACUGCCGUUGCUGUUCAGGCAGCAGCAGGACUACGGGCGCCGUCAGGACGAACGAGGAAGGACCGGCGAGAGAAAGAGAGAAAGAGCCCUCAGAAUCGGCCGUAGGACAAGCGAAGGUGGUAGAGAAAGGGAGAGAGAGAGGAGGAGGAGGAGGACCUAGGCCGGAGGCACGAUGCGGCCCAGGGCCGCGGCAACGUCAACCACCGGGGACGCGGGCCGCGGCAUCUCGCGGCCGAUCCCGCUCGUCGUCCUGCGAGCCACCUGCGUCCUUGCCCUACUGGUGCUCGCCGUCACGUGGAUACCGGUCGCCGACGCUGUGAUCUGCAGAGACUCGUACAAAUGCAACUGUGCCGGAAUCAAAGGGCAGCCGGGAUACCAUGGGAUAUCUGGGCCCAGCGGGACGGAGGGUCUUCCAGGCGACAUCGGGCCCGACGGACCACCCGGACCCAAGGGCGAGAAGGGAGCGGGCGGGGAGCCCGGAGGUACCGGGGAGAAGGGCUACCGAGGUGAAGAUGGUAUACGAGGAUCUGAUGGAAAUCCGGGACAGUCCGGUCAUUCCGGUAUAUUCGGUGUGACGGGUCCGGACGGCCUGGACGGAUGCAACGGAACGGACGGUCGCCAGGGUGCACCGGGUAUGCCCGGAGUUUACGGGCCGCGCGGUAUAAUGGGACCGAUAGGAGAUCAUGGUCCUACGGGAGAACCUGGUGAUGGAGGUAUCAAUUCGGUCGGUGCCAAAGGAAUUCGCGGAAAUCCCGGUAUAGACGGGCCAGAGGGUUAUCCAGGAGCGUACGGGCUCACCGGCGAAAUAGGCUAUCCAGGUGACACCGGCGACUUCGGUUUCCCAGGUGCACCCGGAUUGCCGGGUUUGCAAGGCGACCGUGGUGAUACCGUCUACGGUGUGAAGGGUCAGCCUGGCGAACAGGGUGACAGAGGAGAUGCUGGACCACCGGGUGAAGAUGAAUAUAAGAAGAUAGAAAAAUCGACGCCUGUGAAAGGUCCAACUGGACCAAAGGGCAUGAAAGGCGACUUAGGAAGUUGGGGCCUCAAGGGAGAAAUGGGUAUCAGAGGUCCACGGGGUCGAUCAGGCUUCCAGGGCGUUAAAGGUGUGAAAGGGGAGCAAGGUGACGAUGGACCAAGAGGCAAGCAAGGUGUCGAGGGCCCGCCAGGCCCAGCUGGUGAGAAAGGAGAGAAAGGAGCCCCAGGAUAUGCCGGAUCACCUGGACCGGAUGGGACUGACGGAGAACCAGGAGAAGAAGGAAAUCGCGGUCCACCUGGCAAACAGGGUGCCGAGGGAGAGCUUGGGUUAUAUAUUCCAGAACUCGACGAGAUAAUUGCCGGAAAUAUCGGAAUACAAGGAGAUCUUGGUCCUCCCGGUGAGGCUGGGGAACCUGGAACACCUGGUCAGACUGGAAAAGUAGGCUUCAUAGGACCAACGGGGCUACCAGGACCUCCGGGUAUCUCCGGUUUGGCGGGAGUGAAGGGCUCGUCCAUAAAAGGAGAACAAGGAGACGACGGCUUACCGGGACCUAUCGGACCUCAAGGGCUUCCCGGACCACCCGGUUCACCCGGAACCGUGGGAGCCAAAGGAUUCCCUGGUGUAUCGAUAAAUGGACCGCCAGGACCUGACGGCAUCCCGGGUAUUCCGGGAGCGUUAGGCUCUUCUGGUGAUCGCGGUGAUCCCGGUCCUCCCGGAGACAAGGGUUUCCCCGGGAAAGGCAUAAGAAUCCGUGGACCACCUGGAGAACGAGGUCUGCCGGGCACACCGGGUUUCCCCGGUCCCGAUGGCUGGCCCGGUAGGCCCGGUUCUAAGGGCGCCAAGGGUUUUCGAGGAGACGACUGUGGCGUGUGUUCACCUGGUCUACCUGGUGAGAAAGGAGAUCGCGGUGAAUCUGGUUUGGACGGGUAUCCGGGUUUGUCGGGUUACCCUGGACUGCCUGGUCCUCGAGGUCUUAAAGGAAUACAAGGGGUACGAGGUCCAAUCGGACCUCUGGGACUUGAGGGUGACAACGGAAGAGUUGGUAUUGCGGGAGUCCAAGGACCCAAGGGCGAACCAGGCAAGAUAUUCUUUCCUCCAGGCGAGAAGUUUGUGAGUCCGCCGGGAGACAUCGGCGAGAAAGGCUUACCUGGACCGGAAGGACUCAGAGGUCCGCGAGGAAAACCGGGACUCAUCGGUGACACGGGCGUACCUGGACCGAAAGGAGAAAAGGGUGAACAUGGCGCGCCAGGAUUGUCGGGAAGGGACGGUUUGCCGGGAUGGGACGGCAUACCUGGUGAAAAAGGUGAGGACGCUUCGGUGCCGGUCGUUUUCUUGCGCGGAGACCCCGGAUAUCCAGGGGCAACAGGGGUCAAAGGAAUCGAGGGAGACAAGGGUAGCAAGGGAGAUGUUGGAGAAGCCGCAGAACACACUCAAAAAACUAGGGGCGAGAAGGGCUUCAAGGGUGAAAGAGGAUCUCCCGGUUGGCCUGGUUCCAAAGGCUUCCAAGGACACAUAGGAGACGAAGGUCUAAUAGGAUUACCCGGUGAGUAUGGCUCGCCAGGUAUCUCGCCUCAAGGUCCUAUAGGCUUGAAAGGUUACCCCGGAAUGCCGGGAGAUCAAGGAUACCGUGGUACAUCAGGUUCCCCUGGUUCUCAGGGACCAGUAGGUUUUGUGGGUCGCUUUGGCAACAAAGGUGACCGAGGAGACCCGGGUACGAACUUGAGUUACGGCGAGAUCGGAGAACGCGGAUGGUACGGUGAGAAAGGAAACAUCGGUAAUCCUGGUCCUCAAGGGUUCACCGGACGACCAGGAGAAGAUGGUUCGAAAGGUGUCAGGGGUGCAAAAGGAGCGCCUGGUUACGAGGGACUGCCUGGACUUCAAGGGACCAAAGGUCAGCGUGGCGAUAGUGUCCAAGGCAGUCGAGGUCUACCGGGUAUACCUGGGCAACCUGGAAUGUCUGGAAGAAUUGGAGAUAUCGGCGUACCUGGUCCCGAUGGUCCUUCCGGGUUUGACGGAAUGAAGGGCUUGAAGGGUGAAGUGGGUUUCAUCGGACGACGUGGUGACGAUGGUGACACGGGACUUCAAGGAUACCAAGGUAUGCACGGUAUACAAGGUCGGGCAGGUGCCCCAGGAAAGAAAGGAGAAGUCGGCGAGACCGGCAUGCCAGGUCCGCCUGGUUGGCUCGGUGCCGACGGUAUAGACGGAGCGCCCGGACCUAAGGGAGAAAUGGGAGACGCCGGAAUCCCCGGCGUGCCGGGAGUGGAAGGAUCGCCUGGAUAUAAAGGUAUCAUGGGUGAUUCUGGUCCUGAUGGAUACCCUGGCCCUCCUGGCGAGAACUCCUUCAGUGGUCCUCAAGGUGAUAGCGGCGAGCCUGGUUUCAUGGGAGAAAUCGGACCACCCGGUCUGACUGGAUUCGACGGCCGGCCGGGAUUACCUGGAGAACCAGGAUUGUCCACCGACGGGUUCAACGGCUUGCAAGGGCAGAAAGGUGAACCUGGAUUCGACGGAUUCGACGGUCCUGAGGGACCAAAGGGAGAAAUCGGUGACAUGGGUCCUGAUGGAUUUAAAGGCGAGCGAGGAGAUCGAGGUUUCCCUGGAAGGCGGGGCUUACCGGGUACACCCGGUAGACACGGUUUGAAAGGUGCAAAAGGUCCGAUCGGUCCCGCUGGAUUCGAUGGAUUGAAAGGAAAACGCGGUCCCGAUGGCGAUCCUGGCUUGAUGGGUCGACCAGGAAUGCCGGGCGAGCCGGGUUUCGGAGGAGUGCCGGGCAUAAUGGGCGCUCCCGGACCUAAGGGCUACACAGGCGAACCUGGUUCGCCGUCUUACGCUCUCGCGGAGAAGGGUGAUUACGGUAACCGCGGCUACGACGGUUUCCCCGGUGUGAAAGGACAAGUGGGCGAGCCAGGAUAUAUCGGAAUAUACGGCCGCAAGGGUCAAACCGGAGACCGAGGGCACCCGGGGCCCGUCGGUUUCCCAGGAUUGCCCGGUUUCCCUGGUCUGCCAGGUGAUGAAGGACCUUCCGGAUUUCCAGGUGUCACUCCUGAAUUUGCCGAGCCCGGUGAGAUUGGUCGCGCUGGUCUGGAUGGUAUGCCUGCUAUUGCAGGACGUCCAGGACAAAAGGGGGCUCCCGGUGAAUACGGUCCAAACGGACCUAAAGGAAUCUCUGGGGAUAUAGGCGACAGCAUUCGCGGGCCUAGAGGAAUCGUCGGAGAACCAGGUCUCAGAGGAUUCGUCGGCAUACCGGGCGUACCGGGCUUGCAAGGAGUGCAAGGCUUCCCUGGGAUACUAGGCCCGAAAGGUAUACGCGGAGAGCCAGGAAUACCCGCGGGCAGCGCCAAAGGACAACCUGGCGAGCCUGGAUUCCACGGACUGGACGGUCGAACGGGACCGAAAGGAAUAAAGGGUGAUAGUGGUCUAUCCGGGUUUAACGGACUACCCGGACUGAAAGGAGAAAGAGGAGACACUGGUGAAUCCGGUCCGCUCGGAUUGCCUGGCUCUGACGGGCCUCAAGGGCCAAAAGGAGAACUCGGCAUAAAUCCUUUCCCGCCGUUCCCGAGACGAGGACAGCGUGGUGAUAUAGGAGCACCAGGAUUGCCAGGUUUCCGUGGACAAGACGGAAUGAUGGGCGAGCCUGGCAAGGACGGUCUACCAGGACGAGAAGGUGAGAGAGGUAUGAUUGGUCUGCCUGGACUGCAAGGACCGGAUGGCGAAGAUGGGCCCAUAGGUUACCCAGGACCUCGUGGAGCAACUGGACGUCAAGGAGCACCAGGCCUCCCCGGCGCACCUGGUGUACCUGCGCCGAACGGAAUCGGCCCGAGGGAUAGAGGUUUUUACUUUGCUCGUCAUUCGCAGUCCGAAAUGAUACCGACCUGUCCGAGAAAUUCCGUCAAGUUGUGGGAAGGAUUUUCUCUAUUGCACACUAUGGGCAAUGGACGGGCUUACGCGCAGGAUCUCGGCGCCGCCGGUAGCUGCGUCAGGAAGUUCUCCACCAUGCCCUUCCUAUUCUGCAACUUGAACAACGUGUGCGAUUACGCCAAUCGUAACGACUACAGCUACUGGCUGAGCACGACCGAGCCGAUGCCGACGAUGAUGACACCGAUACCGGCACCGGAAGUUGGCAGAUACAUAUCGAGAUGUUCCGUCUGCGAGGCGCCGACUAGGGUGAUAGCCGUUCACAGUCAAUCCAUGGCCAUACCCGAAUGCCCGGGUGGCUGGGAGGAAAUCUGGGUCGGAUACAGUUUCCUCAUGCAUAGGGACGCGGCCGCCGACGGUGGUGGUCAAUCACUGGUCUCCCCGGGAUCCUGCCUCGAGGAUUUCCGCGUCCGGCCGUUCAUCGAAUGCCGUGGCCUGGGCAGCUGCAACUAUUUCGCCACCGCAACGUCCUAUUGGCUGGCGACGAUCCGCGAUGAGGAGAUGUUCCGCAAGCCGCUGCAGCAGACUCUGAAGGCCGACCACACGUCCCGGGUGAGCCGUUGCGCCGUGUGCAUCCGUCGGCGCGUCACUGAGGCUCACGGAAGGACGGACCUGAAGCCUUUCACGGCCAACAGCGAGCGAACACCGAGCAACGUGCAUUAUCCUCCGUCGCCACGCUACCCGCCCAAUUACCAGCCGCCCAGAACGCGGCCCGGCCAAGAGAGAUACCCCGGCCACCAGGACAGAUACUCCAGCCAGGACAGAUACUCCUCCAGCCAGGACAGAUAUUCCAGCCAUGACAGAUACUCCAACCAGGACAGAUACACCAACAACCAAGACAGAUAUCCGAGCAACCGAGUUUACAACCAACGCAGGAGGGGUCGCGUGCGCGGCAGACAGGGCGAGCGACCAUCGGAGUCCGACAAUCAGCCGUAGGGGAUGAUACAAGAAGUGCGCACACAAUACCGAACACGCGAGCGGCGUCAGUGACGUGCCAGGGCGUAGCAAGCCUAUGUAUAUAAGAAAACCAGAAACUCUCUUUCUCUUCUACUAGUUAAGUUAUAUAUGUAACGGGUCCCGGGCGUACCCUCUCUGGUCCGUGGAAUUUGGGGCCGGGUAGGAAAGCGUAAAUAAACACUUGAAAGGCGAUUAGGGGAGGCCGAAGUAAGCCGUUUGAGAUAAUCCAGACGACACGGAGGUGCGAGGAACAGGGAGACCGCUAAGAGGGAUUUCUCACGAUAUCGUUUGCACGGCCUCUCGCGUUAAUUGGGAAAGAAAUCGUGUGUCAAUAAACGUUCGCUUUUCUCCCUUUUUUUUUUUGGAACAGGGUCGAUCGACGUAGUCUCGAUGACGAGGAAAACACGGGCCGGAAGAAGCGGGUUGCUUUCUCGAAGCCACUGCCAUUGAAACUGACACCACGGUUUGUUUAUCUGAAAAUUCUUAUCUCGGGCCCCUCUAUCGCGCUCUUGAGAAUUCGUCGAUGUGAUUCAUUCCCAUCCUGUCUACAAGGUCUACGCUCUCGCCUCUCGGCCACUUCAUCUCUUCCUGCGCGCCCGAUAAAGAGAGAAAGCAACGCCGGCUGCCGUGAGAGCCGUAUAACUGCCGUAUGCCAAAUAGAAAAAGGACCUGUCGCGUCCCGUCGUAAACUGCCAAUAACUCAGCGAUCGCCGACGCGAUAUAUGAAAAAAAAGAGCACUAUAAUAAUUAAAUUAACGUGAUAUAUGUUGUAUCGCUAUAUCGUAACUAUCUAUGUACCGCAUUGAAUAAAGAUCGUUUUGUAUACGCUACAAAAGUUACU